AGGAAUAUAAUUACCAGUUCUCACUUUACCCACACCUUUUGCUUCUUCUUUACACAUUUAACCAUUUCCUAGGUUGUUCUACAUUGAUGCUAUCCUUGAUAACUCACAACAAGUUUCAACUUUCAAAGGCGUUAUUCCAAACUCUCGUUUCCAAACACCACAAUACAAUGAAUCCCAAGGUGAGAGUAAGAGCACCAGAGCAAGAAGAAGAAGAAUGUGUUUAUCCAGAAAACGACAGUGGAUCUUGGAUGCUUUCAAAGUUCAUUGAGUUACUAUACUUUGAAGAAGAAAAAGAGAAGAACCACUCAGUUUCCAAAAGCACUAGGGUUUGUCCUCAACAUGUAACAAUGAGAUCCACCCCUUCAAUUAAAGGAGUAUUGAAGAGUGUGAAGAGAGUUGGUGAAAGUCCAAAAGAAAAUGCAAGAGCUUCUUCUGUUAUACGCCCACGUGCAGUCUUAUCCAGUCCUGAAAAUGAUGGAUUAAUUGGAAGCAUGAAUGAGUUGAAGAAGAGUACAAGAUCAGAUGCAACUAAGGUUUUGUGUGGUGAGGUGAAGAAGGGAGGAAAAUAUUUGGAGAGGGAGGAAUGUGAGGCAUUCAAGAAAGGCAAAGCAAAAGUUCAGUUUAGAAAGCUUUGAUGUUAAGAAGAGGUGUUGCGUGAAAGCAGUGACAUCAAAGAAGUUUCAUUGACUUUGCCUUUUAUGAAUACAAUUUUAAAAUAGUAACCCUUAUAAAACUGAAAUUUGGUGCAUUAUGCCAAUGAGUGUUGUGUAUUUUGAAAAUUCUGACAUUUUUUUUUUUGUAAUUUGUGUGAAUUGACAAUAUGUU